AUGUCUCUCUCGGAUAGCAAGAACCUCUCCUUCGUCCUUGAAGGCAUCAAAAAGGUCAAAUUCGAGGAACGACCUAUUCCCGAAAUCAUUGAUCCCUACGAUGUCCUCAUCAACGUCAAAUAUACCGGAAUCUGUGGCAGUGAUGUCCACUACUGGGAACAUGGCGCAAUCGGCUCCUUCGUCGUCCGCGAGCCCAUGGUCCUCGGCCACGAAUCAUCCGGCAUCGUAAGCAAGGUCGGCUCAAAAGUGACCACCCUCAAAGUCGGCGACCAGGUAGCCAUGGAACCCGGCAUCCCCUGUCGGCGAUGCGAACCCUGCAAAUCCGGUAAAUAUCAUUUGUGUAUCAACAUGGCCUUCGCUGCUACGCCGCCUUAUGAUGGGACAUUGGCCCGAUACUAUAGAUUGCCGGAGGACUUUUGCUACAAAUUGCCAGAGUCAAUCCCGCUCAAGGAAGGUGCGCUGAUUGAGCCGUUGGGCGUUGCGGUGCAUGUUGCGAGACAGGGUAAUAUCGUACCUGGAAGCUCGGUGGUUGUAUUCGGUGCCGGUCCUGUUGGUCUGUUGUGCUGUGCAGUUGCAAAGGCUUUCGGCGCAAGCAAGGUUAUUGUCAGUGAUAUUCAGCAGAGCAGACUGGACUUUGCGAAGAAGUACAUUGCAGACGGCACUUUCCAACCGGCCAGAGUGUCCGCAGAGGAGAACGCCAACCGCCUCAAGGAGGAGCACGACAUGCUCGCCGGUGCAGAUGUUGUACUGGAAGCAUCCGGCGCAGAACCUGCUAUUCACACUGGUGUCCAUGUCCUCAGGACCGGAGGCACAUUCGUGCAGGCUGGUAUGGGUAAAUCAGAAAUGAACUUCCCCAUCAUGGCGGUCUGUGGCAAGGAGCUGAAUUUCAAGGGAAGCUUCCGGUAUGGAAGCGGAGAUUACAAGCUUGCUGUCGAGUUGGUGGCCACGGGCAAGAUUAGUGUCAAGGAGUUGAUUACGGGCGAGUUCAAGUUUGAGGAUGCUGAGCAGGCUUAUGUUGAUGUCAAGGCGGGCAAGGGCAUCAAGACUAUUAUUGCGGGUUUAUAA